CUCGAGAUCACCUGACCAGAUCAUCAGUACAGACAUCUCUUUGCAUCUUAAAAAACCGAGCCAAGUGGCACAAACUUUCUAGAAGCAUGAUGAGACUGUCGGUGGCUUUCCGUAAUGCUAAUCUGAGCCACGGGAGCAUACAGCGAUCACGGCGAGCCGGUAUCAACGUUUUAAACCGGGAGAACAGAUUCCUACCUGUUAAUAAUAGCGCUAUUACUUACCCACUGGUUCGGAAAGCAAGUUCAAGUAGCGGUACCAGCUCAAGUGAACCGACAACGAGUUUUAAAAGUCAUCCACGGAGAAGCGAUGGACCGGUGUAUGGAAAUGCUAUUGGUGAGAUCAUUCAGAGGAACCGAGAGGAGCUCAAAGCUAUUGGAGAAACCCACCCAGGGUUUAAACCAACACUGGCUAUUAUACAGGCUGGUGAAGAUGAUAGUUUGCUUGAGAUGAAUAAGAAGAUGGCUGGAAAGAUUGGCUUGAAUGUGAUGCAGAUUUGUCUACCACGCCAGUGCACAGAAGAAGAGGUGAUAGAAGAAAUCUUGAGGUUAAAUGAGGAUUCUCGUGUACAUGGUGUUUUUUUGCACCUUCCUUAUUCCUGUCUUUCCGGAAGUGUCCGUAACGCCAUCAAACCACAGAAAGAUGUAGAUGGAGUUUCUGAUCUUAAUAUUGGGCAUCUGGUGUUGGGGGAUCAGAGAGAAGGUUUUGCCUCCCCUGUAGCUGGAGCUGUAUUGGAGCUACUCACCAGGCAUGAUGCCCCACUGGUUGGCAAGAUGGCAGUGCUGUUGGGUUUGGAGGGUCCCCUGAAGGUGGCUCUUCAGUUUUUGUUGCAAAACAAUGGCAUGAUGGUUCAGACCUGUCAGUGGACCUCUGAAGACCUGCAAAAACAGGUCAUGAAUUCAGAUGUGGUGGUAUUGCUGGAGACAGGGCAUAAGGGUCUCACUCCCACCUGGUUAAGACCAGGGAUGGCAGUAAUCAACCUUGACUUGGCCCUAAUGAGAGAAAACCUUGACAGUUGGGAGCACAGGGUUGAAGCUGAGUCUAGUGCAGGGGUUAUGGCUCUAAGUGCUGCUCUUAGAAUGGAAAAUGUAGUAAAGAGUAGUACAAGGUGGAUAAAGGAACAGCAGUACCAGCACUGGAGGCUCCGUCCACUAAAGCUCCAACCACUGUCACCUGUGCCCAGUGAUAUUGAGAUCUCCAGAGCACAGGUUCCCAAACCCAUAUCCCAGCUGGCUGAGGAGAUUGGGCUGCUUCCGGAGGAGCUGGAGGCAUAUGGCAGGACUAAAGCAAAGGUCCAUCUGUCGCUCUACAACCGCCUCCAGCAUCAGCCUGAUGGCAAAUAUGUCCUAGUGGCAGGUAUAACUCCCACUCCUCUGGGUGAAGGAAAGAGUACAGUGACCAUAAGUCUGGUACAGGCCCUCUCCGCUCAUCUCAAGCUCAACUCAUUUGCCUGUCUGCGACAGCCGUCCCAGGGCCCAACAUUUGGAGUCAAAGGAGGAGCGGCCGGUGGGGGAUACGCCCAGGUCAUUCCGAUGGAGGAGUUUAAUCUCCACCUCACAGGUGAUAUUCACGCUAUAACUGCAGCCAAUAAUCUAGUAGCAGCAGCUAUUGAUGCCCGCAUUUUCCAUGAAGCUACCCAAUCAGACAAGGCGCUGUACAACAGGCUUGUGCCAUCUGUCAAUGGUGUAAGAUGCUUUUCUCCUAUACAGCUGGCUCGCCUACAGCGUCUUGGGAUAACCAAAUAUGACCCCAGUGACCUUACAUCACAAGAGGUCAGCUCAUUUGUCCGUCUUGACCUUGACCCUGAAAAUGUCACAUGGCAGAGAGUUGUUGAUACCAAUGACCGAUUUCUGCGCAAGAUUACCAUCGGCCAGGCCAACACUGAAAAAGGCAAUGCUCGCCAGACGCAAUUUGAUAUAGCGGUGGCCAGUGAGAUCAUGGCCAUCCUCGCGCUCACAGAUGGACUGGCUGACAUGAGGGCCAGACUUGGGCAUAUGGUCGUGGGCAGCAGCAGAAACGGCCAGCCGGUCACGGCAGAUGACUUGGGUGUAACUGGGGCUUUGGCGGUCCUCAUGAAAGAUGCAGUCAAACCAACGCUGAUGCAGACACUGGAGGGAACUCCAGUGUUUGUGCAUGCAGGACCUUUCGCUAACAUCGCCCAUGGAAACUCCUCUGUCUUGGCAGACAAGCUGGCUCUUAAACUGGUUGGAGAAGAGGGCUAUGUCGUGACUGAGGCUGGCUUUGGUGCUGACAUUGGCAUGGAGAAGUUCUUCAAUAUUAAGUGUCGGACAUCUGGACUGAGGCCUAAUGUUGUGGUGCUUGUAGCCACUGUCCGGGCUCUGAAGAUGCAUGGAGGGGGACCAAAUGUUACAGCUGGUGUACCACUCCCUAAAGAAUAUAUUGAUGAGAAUCUAGAGCUAGUUGCGAAGGGCUGCAGUAACCUGGCGAAGCAGAUUCAGAACGCUAAUCUUUUUGGGGUCCCUGUGGUUGUAGCUCUGAAUGUCUUCAAGACUGACACUCAAGCAGAGAUCGACCUGGUGUGUCGCAUCGCAAAGGCUUCUGGGGCCUCAGCUGCUGUACCGUGUCAUCAUUGGGCAAGAGGUGGGCGGGGCUCUGUGGACUUAGCACAUGCUGUAAAAGAAGUUGCGUCUCAAGAGAGCUGUUUUCAAUUCCUGUAUAGCCUGCAGGAUCCUAUUGUAGAGAAAAUUCGGACGAUUGCUCAGAAGGUUUAUGGCGCUGAUGACAUCGAGCUUUCCCCUGAGGCUCAAGCUAAAAUAGACUACUACAAUCAACAGGGUUUUGGUGCUCUACCUAUCUGCAUGGCCAAGACACAUCUGUCUCUUUCCCACAUGCCUGAGAAAAAGGGCGUUCCCACCGGUUUUAUCUUGCCCAUCAGAGAUGUCCGUGCCAGCAUCGGGGCAGGGUUUAUCUACCCUUUAGUUGGAACUAUGAGUACCAUGCCAGGCUUGCCUACACGACCCUGUUUUUAUGAUAUUGACAUUGACCCUGUUACAGAGGAGAUAACAGGGCUCUUCUGAUGGUGCUUGUUUCAGCCCCAUACAAGCCCUUGACUGGUGUUCCACAGAGUUCUUGUAGGUCUCAAUUCAUAUGCAGAUGAACACUGCUCAUCUGUUGCCUUCUGGCAACAUAACCACUGAAAGUAUCAGAUCUUCACAUUUUGUUUGCACAGUUACUUUUCAACCCAAAUUUUUGCUCCCAAAGUAAGGUUCCUUUUUUUACUGUUUUAUUUUUAAUUAGUAACUUUUGAUUGAAUGAGAUUUCGAUUUUCAGUUGUAGCUUUGUUUUAGGCUUUUAACAUUAUCAGUAAACUUUGCCAUUAACAUACUUUUAGUUUUUAUCAUUUAUUGACGCACAAAACUUCUAAAUUCAUUCCAUGGAGCUAUUAUUUGUUUAUUUAAAAGCUAUAUAUUUUAAUGUUUCAAAUUACAAAUGAAUUCAUAGCAUAUUAAAGAAAAGCAGUUUCAGUUUUUUGUUACAGCCAAAUUUGUGACAUGAAUCUAAGGUGCUCUUAUUUAAACACUAAUGCAAAACAAAUUCCAGCUGUUGUGCUUGUUUUGACACCUGUUCUAUAUGUCUAUUGUAGAUGCUUUUAUUCUCUUAGUGCAGGCAAAACAUACUUCACACUACCUCUGUACACACUUUUUGAACUUGCAUGUAUCUACAUGCCAGAACAUCUUGAUUUAGACAUUCCACCGUUAUCUGUUAUUCGGAGUCAUAAACUACAGUGUGCUACGUGAGUAAAGAGAGGAAUUCCAUUGACUGUGUUGCAAUGGUGUGGAGGCUUGAAACCUGUAUAUUUUUCUGUUGAGUGGAAAAUUCUACUGUAAAAAUGGUACUAGAUCAAGUACAAAAAUAAAACAGUAUUUUGCCAAACUUGGAUUUAGUUUAUUUUUAUUGAAGAUGGGUCAUUUAGUGAACAA